GGUUCCUGCGGCUAAUGGCCUUACUCGAGUUUGUGGAUGUUGCUGGUGACAAGAACUUGGUGUACAAAAGAGAUGUGACCAAGGGCCUGCUCAUCCGGAAGGUGGAGGCUGAGGUGGCUACAAUCCUAUUUGCUGACGAGCACUAUGUGACCAAGAUGAAUUUCUCCUGGCCUCAAGUACCGUGCAUAUCCGGGUUUCCUGCACGGGGGAGCAGGAAAAUUUGCUCACGGUUCUCGAUCAACCACGAUUCAGAAGCAUUCAUGGCUCUCGUGAAGGAAGUCAUGGAAAGCCAAAAAACCGAGCUUCCUGCGGGCCCUGUAUUUAAAUCCAAUAUGUCAUCCAAACAUGAGGUCACAUCUUCUAACGAACCUGCACAC